AUGAGUGGUCACGAGUCCGAAGAGACCGUGAGCGAAACCGGCGAAUGUCAUUACUCGUUAGCAUUACUCGAUCACGCUAAGCAAUUCACAUGCAGGGUGUCAGCAUUUCACGACGGCGGCGAAUCGCCUCUUUCACAACCACUUGUUUUCACCACUCGUAGCGGAGCACCAGCACAGCCCGAUGGUGUCACCAUUGAGUCCGACGGUACCAGGGCGCUGGUAAUCCGCUGGUCUGUACCCGAUUGCCGUGGCUCACCAAUCACGCAAUAUCUGCUUCGAGUGGAAACCAAGAGCGAGAUGGUGCGUGAAAUUUCCAUCACUCCACCGGCCAGUUCGGGCUCAUGCGAAUACCGUAUAGCGGAUCUGCAAGCCGAUACUGACUACAGAGUUGAACUGUCCGCUGAAAACGCUGUUGGAUGUGGUAUAGCGGCCGCAAUUGCGGGACGAACACGUCCACCUCCACCGGAUCCACCAAAGAUCGAAUGCGAAUGCGAUGCGACCAGUCUUCGCCUGCGUUGGAAACCGUCUACGAAUCAUGGGCUUCUCACUUACAAAGUGGUUCGUCUCGGCGAUGGAGAUAAGGUCAUCUCGGUUUAUGAAGGCGAUAUGUGUAGCACACGUAUAAAAGGACUCGUUGAAAACACCGAAUAUCGAUUCCAAAUCAGAAGCACUGAUCGGCAUACUGGAACUGGGCCAUGGUCCUCGGUGUAUGCGUUCCGAACAGCGCUCAGCCCACCCCCUGCUGUCAAAGGACCACCAACAGCAACGCCAAGCGGUGAUGGCUACUAUCAACUUGAAUGGUCAUCGGUCAUCACUAAACCGAAUACAAAGAAAUGCUUCUAUCGCCUGCAAGCAGUUGACUGUUCUAUCGAUAACGCUAAAUGGAUGACGGUUUACGAGGGCACCCUACCUUCUCAUACACUUCGUCUUUCGGAUUAUCCGUCAGCAGUACAAGCACGUGUGAUGUGCGUACGACCAGAGGGUGAAAGUGAAAUCUCUUCACCGCCUAGUCCAAUUGUGUACAUGGCGAAUCUUCCCCUAGACAACGAUGUUCAGCCUAUCCAGGAGAAGAAGGUCGAUACGAUUCCGGUUGUACGUUGGUGGACAAUGCAAUGCAGUUUGACCACCAUCAUGGUGGUAAGUUGUUCUUUCGGAACAGAAACGUUUCUAGAUGUAGUCUUUACCAAUUGA